AUGUACUUCCCGUUGCAAGGAUAUCUUUACGGAGAACAAAGUGGAACACGCGAAGGUAGAAGAUGUCACUUUUACCUUCCUGAUUAUGCUCAUAGUCAUUUCUCUGUGACUUUCGCUCUUGUGAGGAUGUCUGAUCACUCUCAUGGACCUCUGGUGAGUUACGUAAUGACUAUGGAGGACGUUUUGCGGAAGAUCCUGAAGAGUCUUGAAGAUAGGAGGAUCUUAACGGAGGGGAAAUCUAUUUCGGACCAUGAUUGCCUGCCUUACAACCACAAGAAUAUUAAUUGCACAGAGGUUGUGAAGAGAUUGGUGCCUUUGCUCAACCAAGAAGGACGCGCUGUCGCUUUUCUGGUCAUUGUGAUGUCGUUCACUGCCAAAGGAAGCGCUGUAGUGAAACAUUUCUCUGUAAAGAACAGCAGAGAGUUUUCAGACAAUUCAUCAGACUGUUGUUACGAAUCAUCAUCGUAUUCGUCAUCCAAAUGCGAGAGUGAGAGUCUGAAAGGUCUUGAUCUUGAAUCCUUAUGGCGAUCGAGAGGUUGCAAGUCCCUGACCCAUGUAGAUUCCCCUUCAUCAACUUCAUUGCCACUGAAGCAGUCAGAGACGAUCAGGAAAGUUUCCUGCCCAUUCAUCUCCCCGAAAGGGCGUCUCAGGAAGGUUUCCAACUAUUCGGGCCUCUCUAGAAUUAGGGACAAUGCCGAAUACACGGAUUUCGAUGUGUCUCAAUGCCAAAAAGCAACGCAAAAGGUGACGACCCAAAUUCCGGAUGAACUGCUCGUGAAAUUUCAUGGAGAGGCUUUCUGCCCACUGACUGCGUGCAAAUCCAUUGAAUUGACCUGGAAACUGCCCAAAAUCUCGCCAAAGAGUCUCAGAACGACAGAAACUCAGGUCCACAACAGCAGUCUGCAGGAUCUUCCUCUGGUGAGCGCUGAAGAAUCCUCUGAAGAGCCCCAAAAACCGAAGAACAAGAAGAAGAAGAAAGGCAAGAAGACUGGGCGGAAAGCGCGUAAGCAAACUGGCAAAGAUCGUAAAAAAGAAACAUAACAUCACAAAUAGGGGGAAUAAGAACAAUAAUAAGAAAGAAAUCCAGAAUUCUAGUUCAAAGCUUCUUGAA